GGGUUCCAGUUGUUCCUACCUAACCGCCACCACAGCCUCUAGUCAUGCCGGUAGACAUCAGCAAGUGGGCCGGGCCCCUGAGCCUACAGGAGGUGGAUGAGCGGCCCCAACACCCACUGCGGGUCACCUAUGGUGGGGUGGAAGUGGAUGAACUUGGCCAAGUGCUAACACCCACCCAGGUUAAGAACAGACCCAGCAGCAUUUCUUGGGAUGGCCUUGACCCAGGGAAACUCUACACGUUGGUCCUCACAGACCCCGAUGCUCCCAGCAGGAAAGACCCCAAGUACAGGGAGUGGCACCAUUUUCUGGUGGUCAACAUGAAGGGCAACGACAUCAGCAGUGGGAAGGUCCUCUCGGAUUAUGUGGGUUCCGGGCCUCCCAGUGGCACCGGCCUCCAUCGCUACGUCUGGCUGGUGUACGAGCAGGACAAGCCCCUCAAGUGUGACGAGCCUGUUCUCAGCAACCGAUCAGGAGACCACCGCGGCAAAUUCAAGGUGGCGGCCUUCCGCAAGAAGUAUCACCUGGGAGCCCCGGUAGCCGGCACGUGUUACCAGGCCGAGUGGGAUGACUAUGUGCCCAAGCUGCACAAGCAGCUGUCUGGAAAAUAGGGAAGUCAGUCACUUGGCGGUCCUGGCCACCGCCCUGCAGUGUCGUCUGAACGAGUGGCACGUCUCUCCUCUUCUCACUCCCAUCCUGCAAACGGGAGACUCGAGCUGUCGUAGAGUGGUAGUUUAGGGUGACUCUUGCUUGUUGUUUGCCCUAAAGACUCUAAAUAAUUGCAUGUCCCAGUUUGUUUUGAUCAAAUUUAAGCUCCAUCUGGUGAAUAUUUGGCACUAUGAUGGGGUUGUUAUAUUGUUAAAAAGAAGAUAGUAACUCCAAAAGCAGAGAAGAAAAAAAAAAAAACCCAA